UUUGUUUACAGUGAAACAGCUGACUCUUAAUCUAGUGCGCAUAAGUGACUGUGUGACAGAAGAACGCAAAUUAACGUACUGAAGGGAUAAAGGCUACUUGUUGCUUAAAACAGUGAAGUGCUUUGUUGACCACCUAUACAGACACCUCCCACAUACACAAUGCAGACAACAGAGACCUUGCCAUCAUCACCAAUCAAGAGAGAUCACUCUGGGAACUUUAUCAGCAUGAAUGGUUCUACAACACAUAUAGAUGGGGGAAAUACCAAAAUGCAUGUAUACAAACGUCAGCCCUCACACAGGAUAUUUGUGAACAGAUCCUUACAUUUGGAGAAGAUUUCUGUGUAUGGAUUUGACAUGGAUUACACAUUGGCAGUGUACAAAUCACCAGAAUAUGAAGCCAUGGGAUUUGAUAUGUUGAAAGAGAGGCUGGUAACUAUUGGUUACCCAGAGGCCAUUAAAGAGUUUGAGUAUGAUCCUACAUUUGUAUGCAGAGGGCUGUGGUUUGAUAAACAAUAUGGAAAUUUACUGAAAGUUGAUGCCUAUGGUAAUAUUUUAGUAUGUGUUCAUGGAUUCAAAUUUUUAAAAGGUCAUGAAGUAUCCAAACUUUACCCCAACAAAUACAUACAGCUGGAUGAAAACAGGAUCUAUGUAUUAAAUACUCUCUUUAAUCUACCAGAAACUUACAUGAUUGCUUGUGUCAUAGACUAUUUCAACUCCUCCAAGGAAUAUGUAAGAUCUGAUGACGGUGUAAAAUGCAAUGACUUGUUCAUGUCCUAUCGCUCAAUAUUUCAAGAUCUCCGAGCCUGCGUGGACUGGGUUCAUGAACACGGUAACUUGAAAGAAGACACAGUGAAGAAUAUGGAAAAGUUUGUGCAUAAAGACAAAAGACUGCCACUUUUACUCAACAGGAUGAGAGAGCAUGGUGCUAAGACUAUGAUCAUCACCAACAGUGACUAUACCUAUAGUAAUAAAAUCAUGGAGUACCUUCUUGACUUCCCAGAUCUCCCCAAGAGAGAUUGGACCUCCUACUUUGACAUCGUGGUUGUGAGUGCUAAGAAGCCGCUGUUUUUCAGAGAAGGAACAAUCAUGCGGAAAGUUGACAGAGAGACAGGUAAAUUAAGUCUAGGUCACCAUCUCGGACCUCUGAAGCAGGGAUGUGUGUAUUCUGGAGGUUCCUGUGACCUUAUCUCUCAGAUGUUGGGUGUGAAUGGUAAGAACGUCCUGUAUGUAGGGGACCAUAUCUUCGGAGACAUCCUACGAUCUAAGAAGGAGUGGGGCUGGAGGACAUUCCUAGUUGUUCCAGAACUUCAACAGGAGGUGCGUGUUUGGACAGAACAGAGGGACUUGUUCCAUCGUCUUGAAAGCUUGGAGUGUGAAAUGGGUGAGAAGUACAGAAAUUUGGACAGCAGUCAUAUGGAGAAGCCAGACAUUCAUGGCAUUCAGCGGUCGAUGAUGGAAACAGUCCAUGAGCUUGACCAAUCCUAUGGAAUGCUGGGAAGUCUGUUCAGGAGUGGUUCCAGGCCCACAUUCUUCGCUGCCCAGGUCCAGCGCUACGCAGACAUCUACUGUGGAGAAUGGUUAAACAUGCUGUAUUAUCCAUUCACCUACAUGUUCCGUGCUCCUUCAAUGCUUAUGCCACAUGAGUCAACCGUCGAUCACAAACUGUCCUUUGAGGUAGACAACGAAGAAUUGAAUAACCACAGACUUAACAGCAUGUCAUCUGAUACAAGUUCCAAACUCACCACUAACGGCAUGCAUCUCCGUGCUGACAGACCAAAAAAGGUGACACAUCACCAUGACGAUGAUGAUUUUGAUGAGGAGACCAGCAGUACAGGAAGUGAUUGAAUUUCAUAUUCUUACCACGUUGUAAUGAUACAGCUCUACUUUAUAAACAACAACGAACAUGAAUUAUAGUAUGACAAAUCAAGGUCAUUUCCUUUAGAAGUGUUGUAAUAGAUCCCUCAUAACUGACGGGGUCAAAUUUUUAUUUGAACUGAUGGGAAUUUGGUAAAGUUUUAAAUUUCAUUGAGCUUCAGAAAACCAAGAUGCAGAAAAAACUGUGACUUUAUAUUUUGCUGAACAAAGUUAAUAAUUUUGUGCCAUAUUGUUUAAGGGUACUUUUUUUCCACUGAGACAAUUACCAAACCUUCUCUUUUGUGACUCCCCAGAUUUUAACCAACUUCAGAACUACAGUCACAGUAUGGAGUAUGUAAAGAUGUACCCAGGUACAUAUGUGUUAGAUGAAGACAGGUAUUAAGGAAAUUAAUUUUUUUUUAUUGAUUUUGUAUCAUUAAAUGGUACAUGUGUAUUCAUGUGAAUUGUUCAUGAAGCUGUUGGUCAGUUGGAGAAUUUGUGUUCUUAUUGAUGGUAAUUUUAUUUUAAAAAUUAUUAUUGCCAAUUAGGGAUGGCUUUCCAGGUGUUUUGUCUGAUACUGUUAUAUAGAUUCUUUGAAUUUGAUUAAUUUAUUUAUGUUUGAUGUGAUUACAGUAAGUGUAACUUGUUGAUAAUGUUAUAUUCUGGGGUAGUGAUACUUUGUUAAAAGGUUACUUUAUCAAAUCCAUGUAUACUGGAUAAGCAUUGCUGAGCUUACUCAGUGAUCUCACCUUAAAUCAGAUUAUUAUGUAAUGUCAUUUUAUAUUGAUAUGUUUUAACCAGUUCUAUACAAACUUUGGUGGUAUUACCAUUUGUGCAAUGUGUUUUGAAAUACAGAAAAUUUUAUCACUCGGAUACAAAUCAAAAUAUUCACCCAGCUAGUUCUUCUGCCUCCAUUGCUAGUCAUCUAUAGCUAGAAUCCACACUGACCUCACUGUAUUUGUCUAAUUGACCUGAUUGUAUUGAAGAUUUUGACCAAAUCGUGGCAUACGGUAUAUGGUUGCUAAGUUACUGUCUUCACUUCAUCACCUCAGAUGACUGGGAGAUCUGAAAUCAGAGAUCAUAAGUUGUAAAAGACAUUGAUAGAUUGAGGGUGUUAGGGGUGGUAUAAGCUGUAGAUUGAAUUACUUUAUAUAUAUGACAAGUUUGAUGCUGCUUAAUGCAGUGCUUACAAUUGAUGAUUAUUUUUUAUGUUGUGUUGAAAUCAGGACUAAUUUAUAUAAGUCAUUGUUGCCCAUUUAUGAAGUUGAUUUGUUGCUUGUGUAAGUAAUAUGUUGCUCCUUAAUGUAAAUUAAUGAGUGGAAUUAUACAUACAAUAUAUUGUUUCAUAUUUGAUUUUUUAUUCUAGUUUUAGUUUUCUGGUGGAAAUAUUAAUGCUUUUUCGCAGUGUAAAAUGUGAAGAAAAAUCUGAUCUAGAUGACUUCUAAACCAAUAUCAGAAAUCUCAAGUUAUUUGAACAGUAUUAUUUAAACGGACAUCUCAGAAGUCUCAUCAUUAAUGUAGGUAGAUAUGUGAUAGUUUUAAUUACAUCUAGGGAUAUGUUAGAUUAAAACAAGUAAAGUUGAUAUGAAUUAUUACCACACCCUUCAGAUUUAUCAGGACUACUGGUUUUCAGUGUCUUACACUGUUUAAACCUGAGUGACUUUUAGUGCAAUAUUUUACACCAAUUAAAAAUGCCUUUGAGGUUAUUAUAUAGACAAAUUGUAAGAACUAUCAAUGUCGGCUAGGUUUUUGUGAACAAAUUGUAGAACCUCUCCCACAGGAUCCAUCUUCCUGUAACCUGUGAAUGUUUUAAGGAUAUGUAUAUAACCGAUUGUGAAACCUCUUUUAAAUAAUUUGUGUUCAUAUAUAUGUCAUGGGUAUUCUUAAACAUUUUUUCCACAAUUUUACAACAGUGUAUCAUGUUUACUUUCAAUCAUGAAAGAGUGCAUGAGUGGAAAGGAAUUCAAUUUGAGUCGUCAAUAUACAAAUCUGAGGUGACCAUAGGAGUAGCCUUGUUCAAUCAACCAUGAAGUUUAUAUGUGCUGUUGUUUUUCAGAUGUGAGGACUGUUGUUUCUUUCUGUUACACUUUGUUUUAUUGGUUGUUUUGCUUAUAUGUUUUUGUUUAAAGGUGUUCCUUGUUCUGGGACCAAUUUGUUGUAAUUGAUUAUAUUUAAGCAUUUAUUUUAAAAUCUGGUUGGCAUUUUAGUUCUACAUAGGUAAUUUACAGAUUGCUAGAUUCCUAAUAUCAGUUUGUAUAUCAAUAGAACCAGAAACACACACCUGAAACAUGCUAACCAUAUCAUCUGAUUGUGCCUCAAGCACAUUUCUUUUUGCCAUUAAUAUUAUUGAAACGAGGGCAUUAAUGCUUUUCAAUAAUUAAUAAUUCAUUUUGAUUAAUGAUAUGAGGCAAACAAAAAUUAUUUUUUUGCCUGUUUAUGUAGACAAACUUGCCACAUCAUCUAGUUCUGUACUCUUACAGAUGUACAAUUAUUUUACAAAGUUUACAUUGAAAUAAUCAUUGGCAGGUAAUAGUCCAUUGGUGUUAAUUUGCAUAUCAUUGCAGUGAAACACCAAUGAAGUACUGUUCAAAGUUAAACAUUGAGUUAAGAUAUCAUUCAAAUACUUAAAAAAAUCAAACUCUGAAACAUCAACAAAAACUUUUGAUUUGAGAUUCCAUUUUGUUUAGGAUUUAUGAAACAAGUCUCUAGAAUUCAUCAUUUUAGUAAACCUGUAAGAAACUUCAUCCAACUAAGAUACUGCUAAUGUCACAGAAAACAUGGUUUCUUUUGUCAAUGUUGAAGACAUCUUCACACCAUAUUAGGGAACUUCAUGGUGACGUCAUGGUGCUAUGUGCCAGUGUGUAACCUUAUUUUAAUAUCAUCUAAUGACACAAUAGGUCACUUAACACUGUAUAACAGGACUAUCAUUUGAUAAUUUAUAAUACAUAUUAUACAAAAUACAUUUCGUAUUAAAAGUUUUUAUUAUUUACAUCAUAUUGAAUAUUUAUUGCAAGGUUACAACAGUUCUGUAGUGCUACUUAAGUAUUAAGAGAAUAAUUUUCAGUCUGAUACUUGAACAAAUCUAGCUCUCCUAUCACUGUCAAUAUGUUUGCCAUUAAGAUCACAUUAUUUACAUCAGACUUUAGAAAAGACUUUAACACUGGUAUUAUGGUGCUCAGUACAUAUUCAAAGGCUUCAUCAAUGUUGGCAUGAUGCUGAGGAACUUUCCAUUGAAAUUCAUAAUUCAGUGAAUUGUUAGAUCCAUCUUUACAGAGUGUUGAUUGGCUGAAGACUCCCAUGGUGUCCAUUGUGACAUCAUAAUUUCAUGUCAUCAUUUGUAUUGUGAUACCACCAGAGAUUGAUAUAUUGAGUGACAAUAUUGCCAGAAUAGAUCUUAUUUCAAUUUAAUAAAUCACUGUUUACAUAAAGGUGGUAAAAUUAUCUAAGUUCUUAAGUAUUUAAGAAUCUUGCACCUGUAAAGUUUGUGAUACUUUACAGAAUUUUCAGGACUUUUUAUUUCUUUAUUUUGAUGCUGUCACAUUUUAGAUUACUUAUUUCUCAAAUAAUAUCCAUUUUACUGCAUGCCUUACUUUAAAUC